CUAAACGUCACGCGCACGCAAGCGAGACAAAUCUAAAAAGAAUGGAAAAAGAAAAAGAAGGAGGGAUGAAAAACACUUUGGAAAAAUGCUUGAUAAAUCAUCAUUUUAAUGCGAAUCUAUCAUCGUUGGAAAUUAUGGAAGAACAAAAUUCUUUUGGAAAUUAUGCGAUAUCUGAACGUGCUUUAAUGAAACUUGAAACUAUUAAAAAUGCGUUAAAAGAUGACAUUUGUAAAGCUGAUUAUAGGUGGACAGUGAUAAGAAACAAGAAAACAGAUAAUGGAGACACGGAUACUGAGGAAUCUGAUGCAAUGGAUAUCAAGGAAUCAAUGGAUAUUAUGAAUGCCACCCAAUUACCCUCGACUCAAUUUUAUUUUACUCAAGUUACAAAAAAUCAUAUUAAAGAAGAUACUGAAGAUAAAGAUGAUGUCGUUUUAAAAAUAUGUGAUAUUAUUGAAGUUUUGUAUGAGGGAUUAGAACGAAAUAAUGGAAUAUUGGACUUUGUUCAUUUAGAAAAUCUAUCGAAUAAUGAUCUAAUCAAAGUUUUCACAGAUUUAGGUGAAAAAUUAAGUAUUAAAGGUAUUUACAAUUUGUGUUUGUCGAUCAAAGAUAUUAAUCUAGAAGAUGGAAUUAAAUAUAUGGGUCUCAUAUGUACUUAUGUGUUAUUACCAAAGAUAAUUCAACUAGAAGGAUCAUCAAGAUUAAUCACAUCUGGUAUUGGUGAAUGCGUUGACAAAUUUCCAGAUGAAGUUAUAAAAUUUAUUUUCAUACCUAUUUUAAAUAUUGAUUUAAAAGAUUCAUCGAUUAUUAAUUUUAUCGUUAGUGCUUUUCAACCUGUGAAAAGAUCUGUUCUUAUUUUAGAAUAUGUAGAAAACACAAAGGAAUUAAAAGAGUGGCAUAUAUCUAUUUUAGAAACAUUGUUAUCUGUAAAAGUAGACCAAAUGAUAUUUGAUAAAUUAAUAAGACUAUUAUUAGAAAAAGCAAUUCUUUUUUCGAAAAAUAUGAAAUUUAGCAAAUUACUUUUGUCUUUUUUAAAAGCAAAUACAAUUACAUCGGAAGAACAGAAAGAUUUACUGAGAGAAAUAAUUGAAGUCAAUGAAACCUUUUUAAAAAGGCCUAUUGAAAAUAUUUUAAGAAAAAUACCCUAUAUAUAUAUAUAUAUGUAG